UGAAAUUCGAAACAGUCGCACUCCUCUCUGCUCUGCAGAUCUCGGUCGUACAGGCUCACAAAGCCGCCCGCCAUGCUCAUUUCAAACGCCAGGGCACGACGACGCCUCCACCAUUGGAUACCAGCACUGAUAUCCCACCCUUGGCCAGCAUCAGCCUAGGAAUGCCAACCAAGGUGCCUCCUGCCUUCACCGCAACCUUUGCUGGGGGCGCGACUGGGCCCAUUUCAGGAGCACCCCCUCUUCCGACUUUGGGUCCUGGUGCCUUGAGCGCGUGGCCCACUCAAGACAGGAUCCCCCCCGUCGGCUCCCCCCAAGUCAGGGAAUGGAUGAAGGAAUUGGAAGGCUUCCACAUCCCUGAUCUCCGACCAACCCUAGAUUCGACUUGUGGAGGAGACCCAGAGGCCGCUGCAGAUGCUGCGAACCGUGGGUGGUGGACGUGUGGUGGGCACACGCGGAGCUCUGGUAUCGUCGCGUGCCCUAACAAGCUUGACUGGGGUUUGAGGUUCGACGACGGUCCUUCUCCAUACAGCCCGAACCUCCUGGCGAAGCUCAAGGAGGAAGAUAUCCAAGCUACUUUCUUCGUCGUCGGAUCUCGUGUCAUCGAGCGCCCCAACAUGCUCAUCCAGGAGUACAUGGAUGGGCAUGAAAUCAGUAUUCACACCUGGUCGCACAACGCCUUGACAACGUUGACGAACGAGCAAAUUGUAGCCGAGUUGGGCUGGACUCGUCUGGCUAUCCAAACCGUCCUUGGCGUUACCCCCAUUACUAUGCGUCCACCUAAGGGUGAUAUUGGUGAUCGUGUUCGUGCCAUCUCGCUGGCGAUGGGCUUGAUUCCUAUCCUCUGGACUUCGACUCCGGAUGGCGGCAAGUUUGACUCCUUCGGUUGGAGGGUUGCUGGUGGAGAAAUCGAGGGACCUGAGUCUGUCGCUGCUUUUGAGACCAUCAUGGCCAAUGGUACCAACUUCCCUACUGGGUUCGUCACCCUCCAACACGAUCUGUUCGAGAUCACCGUCAAUCUUGCUGUUGGAUACACUUUGGAUAUGGCUGUCAACCACGAGCCCAAGUUUGACGUGCAACCCGUUGGCGAAUGCAUGGGCCUCGGGGACGGCGGUGUCUAUCGCGAAACGACCAAAAACACCACUUUCCCGUAUAGGAACAACACUGGCCUCGACAUCAAUGGGGAUGGUACGCCUGAUAUUCUCGUCAACACUGGUACCGGCACUGGCGCUGGUUUCACGAUCAGGGUUCCGUUCUGGAGCUCGUUGACUGUGGUCGCACUGGCUACUGCCAGCCUCUUCCUGUGAU